AUGGAGGAUGAUCUGAGGUCCUUUCAAUCAGUCAGUAUCGGCUUGACGAGUGUCGAAUCGGGCAGAGAAAGGUUCGCAAGAGAUGGACUAUAUCAUCCACCGCCGCUGGCAUACUGGAGGAAUAAUCUGACUGCGCUUUCUCAGCACUACAACCUCUACUUCGUUGCCAAUCGAGAUUCGAUCGCCGUCUACAGACCAGAAUUUCCCUUCCAGAAACUACGCAAGCUACCUUCUCUCUUGAUCCCGGCUACGCUUGCACAACCUCUGGCAGAAGGCUACAUUGAUACUUAUUCCCCUCAUACCAUAAACCACAUGAUUGUCGGUGACCUGGGCUCUGAAGAAAUCGUGCUCGUCGCGACAGAUUCUGGCAAUGUUACUGCAUACUUUACAAAGGCCAUUGAUGAAGCAAUCCGGAGGGAUCCAUACCGUUUCAGUACGAAUGCGCGAAGUGACUAUGUAGGAGUGAGAGCGUUCUUCACCCAAUGGGUUUACGAGUCGGCUUGGGGGCUCUCCAUCCAUUCCAAGGCCCGCAUGAUUGCAGUAUCAGCUAAUACACCUCAUCAUGUCCCUAGCGAUGAUCCUUGUUCCAAGAUAACAGUCUUUGCUUUUGCCUUGACGGAACAGAGUGAUAGCGACAGAGAUCCGCAGGAUGACGACUCAAUCGACAUCGCUGAUCAUGCAAAACAACCAGACUGGGAGGAGUGGCAAUGCAAAGGAGGAGAUCCUGCCCCUCCUCCGCGCGACAAGAAUUACAAGAUCACUCUCGGCGGCUUUGAAGGUCAUAAUCACAACAUUCCAAGCGUUUCAUUUGUCAAUACUGACGACGAUAACGACGGCAGAUGGCUUCUUAGUACCGACAUUGGCGGAGAGAUGAAGAUGUGGCUGAUCUGGCAAGGUUACUGUCUCAAAACAUGGGACUUUGCUGAGAAGAGGAUGCGCUCCGGAUUUUUCAGGCGACGAGAAGGUGGCUGGAUCGUUGCUGCGCUUGAUCCCAAAGCUUUUCGCCUUGCCCGGUCCAUGGAACAGUUCUGUGGCCAUUCCAAAGCGACCAAAUAUGCUGGGCACAUUGGUGAGAGCUAUGAUCUCACCAACAUCGUCCGCCUCCGCACUCCUGGCAACAGCCUUGCUCAUCCUAAUAUCAACGGUGCUCCACUUGCGGACGCGGCUGACGAAGACGGUCAAGAGACUUAUGAUUCAUGGUCGGAUCUAGGCGAAUCUGAUGAUGACGACGUGAGCUCCAAUGCCAUUAUGAGCGUUCAAAAUGAUGGUGCAGAACAGGCGCGCGAACCGUCUGCUACGGCUGACCAAGAAAAUGGAACGGGUACCGAUAUGGAAAUGGCAGAUAGUGUGGCUGCUAGCCAUUCUCAUACAGCCUCUGAUGAUGCCGAACUAGCUCGCGAGAAUGAAGAAGCGGACGCUGAUUCAGUACAAGCGCUGCUCUUUGAUACUGAGCAAUCUGGACCCGACGACGACGACGAGGAGGAGGACGAGGAAGAGGACGAGGACGCAGAAGGCCACUAUGGGUUGAGCUCAGAGGAACAGGAGGGGCAGUCCUCCAACAGUCAUCGAAGCGCCACGUCGCAGUCCAGUCUUGCGCAACGCAAUAGCGAAGAAGCUGAAGAUCUAGCAAUUUCUGAACCCAACACCAUUCCGCCAACGUACGUACAACAUCCAUCAGAACAGGCCAUUUCCUCUUGGAUGCGGAAAGCCGCUUAUCGCCUCUUUCGAAGUGCCGCCAUACGGAGCGAAGUACCCUCAAUCCCAACGCUGCAUUGUACUGCUUCGAAUCUUAGGCUUCUGAUGGCGCCAGAAGCAAGCGCUGCUCAUGUAUUUUGCGCCAACAUACUCAAACAGGCUUUACCGGAAAACAUCGAGAUGACGAAUCACGUACAACUCGACAGAAUCAACAUGAUCCAGCAGAUACCGGAGCUGGGGAUUGUCAUUAUAGCUUCUCAAAUAGGCCGUUGUGCCAUAUGUACGCUGACCAGGAACGAGAAGACUGGGGACCUCGGAUUGCGCGUGGACUGGAUCUUGCCGAGCAGGAAACAGGAGCUUAGACACGUCCGACCUUACAUGCCGCUGCUGGGCAUUGCCACCUCUCCCGUGCAAGGACGAUUCGUGGGACAAAACCACAAGGGCAGGUUGGACCCUGAAGCAUCCAAUGAAUGGGGCUCAGAUGGUGUGGUUGACGGCGUGCCGACCACCUUCGACCCAGCCGUCGUAGUUGUUUCUGAAGACGAGCUUGAGCAUGCUUAUGGCUCGUCUGGGAAUACACAGCAUGAAAUCGAUGAAGACAUGGUCGAGAAGAGCAUCAAAACAAGCCGCUCAUCAACCAAUUCACCACCAACCUCAACAGCUGCCACCUCCCAGACGCGAGAGUGGAAGAAGCCCAGAGACAUGGAACCAUGGAUCGCUGGCGAGAACAGUCGCAGAUACAGGCUCAUGCUUACUUACCUGGAUAUGAGUGUUUUGACGUACGAGAUUUCAAGGGCAGUCGAGAGGGAAGAUGUCGCGCAGGACGAGGUUUCAGCUCUGGAAAGCGUGGAUUGA